AUGGCGGAUCAGACUGAAAGAUCAUUUCAAAAGCAGCCUACUGUUUUCCUGAACAGGAAGGAACCCUUGAAAGCUAUCAAAAAGCAAAAGAAAUCUUUGAGAUAUGUAAGAAAUGUUGGACUUGGGUUUAAGACCCCUAAAGAAGCCAUUGAAGGCACUUACAUUGACAAAAAAUGUCCAUUCACUGGUAACGUGAGCAUUCGUGGACGUCUGCUUACUGGCACAGUUCUUAAGAUGAAAAUGACCAGAACCAUUGUUGUCAGGAGAGAUUAUCUUCAUUAUGUGAAAAAAUAUAACAGAUUUGAAAAAAGGCAUAAAAACAUGUCUGUGCACAUGAGCCCUUGCUUCAGAGAUGUCACAAUUGGUGAUGUGGUUACCAUGGGAGAAUGUCGACCCCUCAGUAAAACAGUCAGAUUUAAUGUCCUCAAGGUCUCCAAGGGAUCGUCUGGAAAGAAAUCUUUCUCAAAAUUUUAG